AUGCGACGCGAGGCCGGCGUGCCCCCGCCACCCCCGAUGGAGGGCUGGACGGCGUGCCACGAUGCGGCUACGAAUCUCGCCGUCUUUGGGCGCUCCACCGACGCCGCGACGCGCACUGUCCACGUGGUGGCCCACAGUCCUAUUGCGAUGGCGAACCCGCCCAAAAUGAACGCUCUGUUGUACUGCGUUGACUGGUUUCCGGUGGAGGUGCUCGUGGCCCGCAAUGGCGUCAUUGUACACUUAUCGAUGGCCUCCAACGAGGGCGGCAUGCACAUGCGCAACGUGCGGGCCUACACGGAGGCACUGAAGAUGUUCGAUACCACCGACGGUGCGGUGUGA